AUGAUUGCCAGCCGUCCAUUAGCCACCGAGAAUGGAAUAGGGGAGGACUCCGGUAGUGCGCUCGUUACCUUCUUUACAACAACUUUCUCUAAGUCAGCGCCCGAGCAGACCUUCUCGAUUCCCCUUAAUGUCCUUCCAGAUGGUUUAAAUCAACUGUUAAAGAGCUUACUUGAGGUUGAAGAGCAGAACUUCGAUUUUAUAUACAAUGAUGAGUACAUAGGCACCUCUUUGUCGCGCUUUCUGAGGCGUCGGGGAAUCAGCCACGAACAGCUCCUCAACAUUGAGUACACGCCUGCGUUGCAGGCGAAGGAGGGCACCUUACUGCCACACGACGACUGGGUGAGCAGUGUUCGCGCUCCGUAUUGUGGAAACGCGGAGAUGCUUCUAACAAGCUCCUAUGAUCACUGUGUCCGAGUGUGGGAUGGCGAUAACUGUGUUGCUCUAGGAUCUUUUCACAAAGAAUGUGUCAAAGAAGUCUGCGUGCAUUCUAUCGUGGACUCCAGUGCGGCAACAAGGAGUGGUGAGACCCGUAAGCGGAACCGUGCCGCUGCCGCCUCAAGUGAUUUCCUCUUUGUCAGUGUUAGCAAGGAUGGUAGCUUGGCCUCAUGGCGAUAUAACGAUGCGUCGGGCCAGGUGCAGCUAGUGGGAAGCGUGCACGCCCACACCGACGGCAUCGACUCCGUUCAUGUUCUUCCCGUCGAAGGAAGCCUCGUCGUGACCGCUUCCUGGGAUGCAACAGUGAAGGUGUUUAACUGGCACCAGCAGCUCCAAAGCGGCGACGUGCUCCCUUCUAAAAAGGCACCCGUGCUCACCUUCACGGACCACACCCGCCCCGUGUUGGCCUGCCGCUUCUCGGAGUCCUGUUACCGCGGGACCGUCCGCCUCCACUCGGCCGGGCUGGAUGGCAUCAUCAAGACCUUGGACGUCGAGGCGGCGGAGAUGGUGCAGCAGUACAAGGGUGACCACCCCAUCAACGGGCUCGCUGUAAAGCCCGGCGGGGCGGAUUCAGAUCUGAUCCUGGCCGCGUGCACGGAUAACCGUGCUCGGCUUUACGAUACGCGCGGGAAGCAUGUCAUUAAGACCUUUAGCGGUGCCCGGCAGUGGCUCUACGCCGCUACCUGGCUCUGGCGGCGUGAGGAAGCGGACACAUCCGCUACCACCAAUCUCUUCGCCACUAGCAGUGAAGAUGGUACGGUGCGCGUCUAUGACCUCCGUUCGACGAGUACCGCUCUUCUCACCCUUGACACCCCUCAUACGGAUGGGGUGUUGGAUGUUGGCUACGCUGGGGGCUCCACAAUUGUCUCAUGCGGAAAAGAUAAUCGAACCAGAUCGUUUGUGGUCGCUAAGGAGGCUCUGAUUUAG